UUUAGGAUACUGCAAGUCUCGUGCAUAAUAGACUUAGAUAUAAGAUCAACGUAGCCAUGACCUAUUUCAAUUGAUAACGCUAAAACGGCUUCAAGACACCUUUGGCUGUAUAUGGAUUAAAGCAAAUUGCCUAUACGUUCUUCAAUUAAUAACUGCUUGCAUGGUAGGAACCAGUUAUAAACUCCUACAGUUACGAUGCAAGGUACCGGCCGGAAACGCCCCGUAUCGUCCUGCAUACCAUGUUACUCAAAAAAGCAAAAGUGCAAUCACGAGUAUCCUUGCAAUAAUUGCACUCGACGUCGCCGGCCAGAGGAAUGUGCUUACUACCCCUCUCAAGCUGUCCAGACCACCAGCUUGGCAGAAACACAAAAAGAGCGCAUGAAUAACGAGAAUGAGAACGAGAACGAGAAGAAUGUCGGUCUGCCACUAGAUCUUUCAAGCAAUAAUUACUCUCGUAUAAAUCCGGAACCCAAACAUUCGCUGGCCGAACUGUAUGGUUAUUUCGAGGAUAGUAGUCUCAAUACAUUGGCUCGUGAGUACCAUCUGGAGUUCUCCUCUAGCUUCCCAUCGUACUACACGAUGGUUCGAAAUUUGGGAUUGGACGAGGAAGAAACCCGACAUGGCCUUCGUCAACGUUUAACACCUAACAUCAUCGACGAGGUGCAACGAGACAUGGACCGGAUUCCCGAUCGCCAGGUAGUGGAUUUCUUAGUGCAAUACUUUAUGUCUGAAGUUAAUUGGAUGGACCAAUUGAUACACCCCCCGUGGUUUUUGUCGCAAUACCAGCGGUGGUGGGCUAUCAGACAGUUAACACGCGUGUCUGAAGUUGAGUUUGCAGUGCUUAUACUGAGGAUUUGCUCGUAUGCAUCUCAAUUCUUGCCGUCUCCAUCCUAUACACUCGAUGGAAUACGGGGUGUUUCGCUAGCCGACAUACGUCAUACCUGCGACGAUAUUGCGACGAAGCUGGCAGCCAUCUGUAACCGUUGCGACAGCCGCGGCUCUCUGUUUCGGGUACAACAUUUAGCCUUUCUUGGAUUAAGAUACCUCAGUGAAGGGAAGAGCAACGCCUUUUGCGAAGCUCUUAACCAUACCAUCAGAGUGGCUCAGAGCAUCGGCCUUCAUAGUGAUGCAGUGACCUCGAGGCACGGAUUGAACGAGUUAGAUAGGGAAAUGCGACGGAGGACAUUUUGUAACCUCUAUAUCUGGGACAGUAUCUCGUCAAGACAACUCGACCGCGUCCCUUUCCUGCCUAGUGGCUUGAGGAACUGGCCUCUUAUGCGACUUGUGUCCGCCGAAAAUGGUGGUACGCAAUCGGAAGCUGACGUACCGGAGGAAUUCACCUCUCGUCUUCUUCAAGCCCGCCUCUUCGACUUCUGGAGGAAUUUAGGGCCGAUACAAGACUCUGAAUACGUCAUAACGGAAGCUGAGGAUAGGUAUGAAAAGUUCUGUAGCGAGUUUCUUACGAGCUUACCAUCCAGUUUUAAGCUUCACCCAGAUAAGUCGUGGGACAAGCGUUUCCCCAAGCUUCCACUACAGAGACAGCUCUUACACAUCUUCAUCUUUGAAUCUCUUUGUUGGAACUAUCGGCCAUUGCUCCCAAAGGAUAUGGGCUAUAUCCAGAGCCUUCCGGCAUACAAGCGUGUGCUGCUGUCAUCCCAGAAAAGGGGGUUGGCCGUGGCUGCGCUCCACGUACUAGAUGGAGUUACUAUCUUACACACGAUGAUGGGGGGUUCUCACACGCGUUUUCCUGGAAUCAUUUUCUAUACCUUUGAAGCGGCAGUACUUCUGGCAUACCAGUGCAUGGAUUUGGACUUCCCAGGGGUUAACCAUGAUGCUCCCCUCAAUAGUGAGGCCAAGGCCAAGAGAGACCCCCUUCGCGUCGGGAUAACUAACCUCACACGAGAAGAAUGUAUCCAGGCGAUUCAUAGAUCUCUAAAUCGUCUACGUAUGCUUGCAGAGGUGAGCAGCAUGGCUGAAGUUGGUGCGCACACACUAGCUGGUAUUUUAAAUAAAAUACCUAUCGCUGAGGGGGAUAACCGGAAAACAACAGAUACAUCAAACUAUCAGUACGACUCGACUACCGCCAACAAGGUAACUGAUUCUCUACAUUCUGAGCUUCCAGAUUCAAGCUCCUUUGAUGAACUCAUCUCUCUCGUUGGACUGCAAGAGAUGUCUCCAAACUGGGAACCACUUACGUCGGACUUUGCUGAUGGAUUAACUGCGGUGACUGGCCCAUUAGAGAGUUGGGACGUGCAGAAAGAAAACCCUUAG